AGUCCGCCCCCACUACUCCCCGGCUCACUCUCCAGCGCACCCCCACUCUCUUGCCCUUUAUUAUGUGCUGUGUCUUCGUUGCUGCCCGAGGUUUGUGCGUCGUGUGCUCGGAGGCGGAGAAGGAGGACUCUCAAACCCUUUUCUUUCGUGUUUUCUGAUUCUUCUAAGUAGCCUCUACCAUGGUGCGGAAGAGAAGAACUGAACUUCCUAGCAGUGGGGAGAGCUCUGAAUCUCAUGAAACUGGUAGCGGCCGCGGUGGCACACAACGGCCACCCAUGCAACAACCCCUGCAGCAGCAGCCACAGCAGCAGGGAGGAGGAUAUCAAGGAGGUGGUGGUAGGGGUUGGGUACCUCAACAAGGAGGAUAUGGUGGCAGGGGUGGCGGCCGGGGACCUCCCCAGCAGUAUUAUAGUGGGCCUCCUGAGUAUCAUCAAGGUCGUGGUGGUCAGCAAUAUCAACGGGGAGGCCCCCCACGCCGCGGUGCAUUUGUAGGUGGUCAUGGGGUAUCUCCAGGUGGUGGGCCAUCUAGUUCGCCCGGUCCCGAGCUGCGCCAAGCUACCCAUGCAGUGGCAACCCAGUCAAGCACUUAUGGAAAGACUUCAGAGACGCUUGGCGGGGCUAGUUCUUCAUCCCAUGCACCUGAUCCACAUCCAGAUGUGUCUGAGACAAUUCAACAACUUUCUAUCCAACCCAAAACACAACCUGCUUCUAGCAAGUCAAUGAGAUUUCCUUUAAGGCCAGGCCAGGGUAGUAAAGGUACCAGGUGCAUGGUGAAAGCAAACCAUUUUUUUGCCGAGCUGCCAGAUAAAGAUCUGCAUCAGUAUGAUGUUUCAAUUACUCCUGAAGUCCCAUCGCGUGGAGUCAACCGUGCUGUGAUGGAGCAGUUAGUGAAGCUCUAUAGGGAAUCUCAUCUUGGAAAAAGACUUCCUGCGUAUGAUGGUAGAAAGAGCCUCUAUACUGCCGGGCCUUUGCCUUUCACCUCAAAGGAAUUCAAAAUAACUCUUAGUGAUGUAGAAGAUGGUCCAGGCAGUGCCAGGCCUGACAGGGAAUUCAAAGUGAUAAUCAAGUUUGCUGCACGAGCUGAUUUGCAUCAUUUGGGCAUGUUUUUACAAGGCAGGCAAGCUGAUGCACCCCAAGAAGCUCUCCAGGUUUUGGACAUUGUUCUGCGUGAACUUCCCACCACUCGAUAUUCCCCCGUUGGCCGCUCGUUUUAUUCACCUGAUUUGGGUAGACGACAGCCCUUAGGUGAAGGGCUUGAAAGUUGGCGUGGUUUCUACCAGAGCAUACGCCCUACUCAGAUGGGGCUAUCCCUUAAUAUAGAUAUGUCAUCUACUGCUUUCAUUGAACCACUCCCAGUAAUAGAGUUUGUCACACAGCUUCUGAAUAGGGAUGUCUCAGCAAGGCCUUUAUCUGAUGCUGACCGUGUUAAGAUUAAAAAAGCACUCAGGGGAGUGAAGGUGGAGGUUACCCAUAGAGGCAACAUGCGUAGGAAAUACCGCAUCUGUGGUCUGACAUCUCAAGCAACACGAGAGCUUACGUUUCCUGUUGAUGAGCAUGGCACAAUGAAGUCUGUUGUUGAGUAUUUUCGAGAAACCUAUGGAUUUGUUAUACAACACACUCAAUGGCCUUGUUUGCAAGUUGGAAAUACCCAGAGGCCAAACUAUUUGCCAAUGGAGGUUUGUAAAAUAGUCGAAGGGCAGAGGUACUCGAAAAGAUUAAAUGAAAGGCAAAUUACUCAACUCCUUAAAGUCACAUGCCAGCGACCCCAGGAAAGAGAGAAUGACAUUCUCCAGACGGUGCGCCAUAAUGCAUAUGCUCAAGACCCAUAUGCACAGGAGUUUGGAAUUAAGAUUAGUGAGAGGUUGGCUCAGGUUGAAGCUCGGGUUCUGCCUGCACCUUGGCUCAAGUAUCAUGAUUCUGGUCGGGAGAGGGAUUGCCUACCACAGGUUGGCCAAUGGAAUAUGAUGAAUAAGAGGAUGGUAAAUGGUGGCACAGUGAGCAAUUGGAUAUGCAUCAAUUUUGCCAGAAACGUGCAAGACAGUGUGGCACGGAGUUUUUGUCAUGAGCUUGCUCAAAUGUGUGGUACCUCAGGCAUGGCGUUUAAUCCUGAACCAGUCUUGCCGGUUGUAUCAGGGCGUCCCGACGCUGUAGAAAAAAUUUUAAAAUCCAGGUUUCAUGAUGUUGUGAGUAAAUUGCAGCCUCAAAAGAAGGAGCUUGACUUGCUGAUUGUCAUUUUACCUGACAACAAUGGCUCCCUUUAUGGUGAUCUGAAGAGGAUAUGUGAAACGGAUCUUGGUAUUGUCUCCCAAUGCUGCCUUCAGAAGCAUGUCUUCAAGAUCAACAAGCAAUAUCUUGCAAAUGUUGCUUUGAAGAUCAAUGUAAAAGUUGGCGGGAGAAAUACUGUGCUUGUUGAUGCACUAUCUAGGCGCAUUCCUCUGGUCAGUGAUAUGCCUACUAUAAUUUUUGGUGCCGAUGUCACCCAUCCUCACCCCGGUGAAGAUUCGAGCCCUUCGAUUGCUGCUGUUGUUGCAUCUCAGGAUUGGCCUGAAAUCACCAAAUAUACUGGUUUGGUUAGUGCUCAAGCUCAUAGGCAAGAGCUCAUCCAGGAUCUGUAUAAAUGCUGGCAGGAUCCAGCUAGGGGAACUGUGCAUGCUGGCAUGAUCAAGGAACUGCUGAUUUCAUUCCGAAGAUCUACCGGGCAGAAGCCAAUGAGAAUUAUCUUCUAUAGGGAUGGUGUAAGUGAAGGGCAGUUUUAUCAAGUUUUGCUUUAUGAACUUGAUGCUAUCCGCAAGGCAUGUGCAUCACUGGAGCCAAAUUAUCAGCCGACUGUGACCUUUGUCGUGGUUCAGAAACGACAUCAUACUCGACUGUUUGCUAAUAAUCACCGCGACAAAAAUUCAAUUGAUAGAAGUGGAAAUAUUCUCCCUGGUACUGUUGUAGAUUCUAAGAUUUGCCACCCUACUGAGUUUGACUUUUACCUAUGUAGCCAUGCUGGGAUACAGGGGACUAGUCGACCAGCUCACUACCAUGUCCUGUGGGAUGAGAACAAAUUUACAGCUGAUGCCCUUCAGAGCCUCACUAAUAAUCUUUGCUACACAUAUGCUAGGUGCACACGCUCCGUCUCUAUUGUUCCUCCUGCUUAUUAUGCACAUCUGGCUGCCUUCCGUGCUCGGUUCUACAUGGAGCCAGAAACUUCUGACAGUGGGUCUAUGACAAGCAGUGCAGCAGCUGGUCGUGGACCAGGGGGGGUUAGGAGUACAAGGAGUCCCGGGGCUGGUGCUGCUGUGAGACCACUUCCUCAGCUCCGAGAGAAUGUGAAGAGGGUAAUGUUCUACUGUUAAUAGUAGAUGAGUUUACUAUUAGUUUGUUGGUGUUUUGAGACCCCUUCCUUUGGACUGAGUCUAUUUUAAAUUAUUACUGCCCUGUUGUUCUUUUCUGUUUUUUCUCUUCCGACACGAAGGCUUCCUCCUCACCUAUCUUGUGAUUACUUUGUUAAAACAUGCGUAACUCUUGAAGUUCUGAUGAGAUGUGACGUCCUAAGCUGCUUGCUA